GUUGUGAUCUUGUUGCUCUUGUUGUUGUUAUUGUUGUUGUUGUUGUUGUCGUCGUCGUUGUCGUUGUCGUUACUGUUGCUGUAGCCAGCUGUUAUCGUUAUAGAUGAGUGUAUGGAAUUGAAUAGAGUUAGUGGUACCAAAUGAAAUUGUCAUGUUGAUUGAACCGGGAAUUAGUCGGGAAAUUGGAUCUAUAGUUGCAGCUAACUUUAACAUUCCAUCGCACUGGAAAAUGGAACCUUCAAGAAUUCCAACAGUUGGUGCUCCGACCGCUGCUAGUGUCGGUUCUAUUCCCCCAAUGCCUACAAAUGUUGGCUUAGUUACAUCUGGUCCAAUCGGUGAAUCGCCGAUGUUUACGGGCACUUCGGCAACAGCAGCCGCACCGACCGCUUUAAGUGCAUUGAUGUCACAGCAACGACUCUUAGAGUUAUCACGGUUCGGUGGAUUGCGUGGAUAUGAUAUAGCACAACACAUGCUUACGCAACAGGGUGCUGUCUCGAAACUUCUAGCAGGUUCGUUACGUCCACCUGGACUAAUUGGUGGCUCCAAGCCAAAGGUAGCAACACCAACAGUUGUUUCAAAAAUCGAACAAUAUAAACGAGAAAAUCCAACAAUAUUUGCUUGGGAAAUACGCGAGCGUUUGAUAUCAGAAGGUGUUUGUACAAACAGCACAGCACCGUCGGUUUCAUCUAUCAAUCGUAUUCUGCGAAAUCGGGCGGCUGAACGUGUAGCCAGUGAAUUUGCACGCACAGCAGCUUAUGGUUUAUAUCCUUCUCAUGCGUAUGGUGGAUUUUCAUGGCAUCCGGCGGCAACAGCAGCUCCAGCUGCAGCGGCUCCCCCACAUUUUUGGCCGCCGCCGAUGGGCACAACUUUGACUGCUUUGACGCCAUCAGUACAUAUUCUACCACCGGCAACAACUAGCGCUAAUACCACUAGCCGCGCUAUUUCUCCUAGUUCGGCUAGUCGGGAUACAUUAGACUCGCCAGAUGACAGUCGGCAUAUUGAUUCAGAUUAUAUGGACGAUGACGAUGAACCAAAAUUUAGGCGUAAUCGUACGACAUUUACGCCGGAACAAUUGGAAGAACUAGAAAAGGAAUUCGACAAGAGUCAUUAUCCUUGUGUAAGUACAAGAGAGCGUCUCUCAAGUCGUACUUCAUUAAGCGAGGCUAGAGUGCAGGUUUGGUUUUCGAACAGACGGGCUAAGUGGCGUCGACACCAACGAAUGAAUUUAUUGAAGCGACGUAAUAGCCCUACAAACAGCUCUUCAGUUACUUCUUAUACAGCGCAAUCGCUUGAACUGAGUAAUCAUCCUACAACACCCACAUCACCGUCACCUAGUACCAAUAGUAAUACUUCGACAUGCCACAAUGAUCAUCAGCAAUCGACAGCUCAAACACAAAUGCAUCCUGGCACUACUAGUUCAUCAUCUGAGAUGGUGAUGAUCCCAUCUAUGCAGCAUCAGCUUCAACCUUCUAAUCCAGUACCAACUUCGCACGUUUCAUCGCAAUUACCUGGCAUUCAUGCACAUCACAGCGAUUCUCAAGCGGCGGCAGCAGCUCUCUUGUUAAAUCACUAUCAUCAGCAGCAGCAACAGAUAGCAAAAAAUCACAUGUCGGUAGUUUCUAAUGAUACGCAACAUCAGCUGGCAGCAGCUGCAAUGGCCAUUAGUUCGGCGUCGGUAGCCACGCCUGCUGGUCUAUCAAUGGGAGGGGAACGCAGCGCUUUUCGAUCUUUAGUUAAUACACCCUCAGCGGCAGCAUUUGCUUUAGGCUUAGCCCGACAAUAUGCUGUCGCGGCAUCUUUGUCUUCCUCAGUUGAUCAUGAGCACCAAACACACUUACUGCCGCAAAAUGAAGAAAACGUACAACCACUCUCUGUCGAUGGCUCCGAGUCCGAAGAGGAAAUUAAUGUACACGACGACUCUAACGAUGAUGCCGAUCUGUCUUCAAAUAUAUAUUCUUCGGCCACAGGAAGCACUAAUCAACCGGCCAGACCGCCGAAUCAACUAGUAAAACAUGAACGUUGUUGAUCAAUUAUCAAUGGCACCGCAACAAAGUAUAUGUGUCACGUGCAAUUAAUUACCAAGAAAUUCAAUUUACCAAAGGUUUUUGUGUUGAUCACCGAUUAACAACGUUACAUUAAAACAUUCUAUGAGCUACUUAUUAACAGAGAUACUUUCACAUACAAACAAAUAAACAAAUAAACAAAUAAACAUACAUACAUACAUACAUACAUACAUAUACACAAAC